AUGACAAACCGUGACAUAAUCGCGGAUCUGAACGUUUUGGACGAUAUUGCCGAAAUGAGUUACUACGAAGACGCAGCCGAAUAUUCAGAUGAAGAGUUACACUCGAUGGUCAGAGACGCCGAGAAACACCUGAAAGAGAAAGUGGUAACCUUGGCGGUGGAGAAGGCGGAAGACAAGUAAGUUGUAACAUUGGUUUUGGAAGUUUAGAAAAACACAGUAAAGUGUAGUGUUCUGUGAUUAGUCAUAAAUAUCACUUUUAAUAUAUUAUAUAUGAUAGGAAGCGUAAACAAAAAUAAAGUUUGAAAAUGCAUUUAAAAAUGCUUUUUAAAGUUAAAAAAUACUUUUUCAAUAUUUUAUUUUUUAAAAGUCAAAAAUUAUCAUUCUCUAUGUUCUUUACCCCAAAUUUUGAAAGUUCAUUUAGAAACAGCUUCCUUUAAAUUAUAAUAUUACUCACGAAACACAAGUAACAUAAUAAAUAAAGGUUUUGCAGGCCAUCAACCUCACGUAAAGUGAGUAUGGUCCCAACCAUGGGUCAAGUUGUCAAAACAUCCAGCAGUGACAACUCUAGCAUUGAAAAGUUAAGCCGUAAGUCUAGUGUACUAUCUACUUACUGCUCUUUCAAAAAAUCCUUUUUUUAUUAGGUUUCAAAUAAUUCUGCGCCCCUAAUCCCAAAAAAUUUUCUUUGAGAUAGGCUCAGAAUUAUGUGAACAACCUAAUAUUACGUUUAUUUUUAACUUUACUGACUCAACCUCCCUUACCCUACCUUAACUUUUCCUGCCACUUAGAUAUACAUAUAUAUCAUAAGCCUUUCUUUAUCUUAUGACAAAUUGUACCCAAUAACAACAAAAACCACCAUUAACAUUUCUCUACCACAACACAGAGUGUGGUCUUACUGUAAACAUUUAAUAGUGCAAGUUUUUGUAGCCAGAAGUCGCCGUGGAACUCAAAGCUCCAAGCGAAGACGAACCAAAGGUGAAAACAAGUCUGACGAGAGUCUGAACAGUCACGGAUCCAAUGAAAUGCCCGGUUGGAGGGUGGUCAACCAUAUGGUAAGAUCAUUAUAACAUCUUUAGCUGUUUGGCUACGAUUAGCACACAUCUCCCAUUUAUAGUACCCAUAAAGUAAUAUAAAUAAUACGAACUAUAAAGUAAUCUAUGCACAAAAUCGAUUUCCAGGACUCGUACUCCUAUCCAAUGCUGUUUCAAAUCGAAAAAACGGUCCAAGCCAUGCAAACCCAACUUCGUGACAUUGAAUUCAACAACUCACUUCAGCUACGACUAAUGCAAAAGAUGGUCAAGAGUGUAAUUGCAAGCAAACAAAAUUCAAAAUUAUCUUCAAAUCUACCUUUCGGAGUUUGGAUUCUCAUGUUCAUAUGGCCUUUGCUGCUACAGUUUGCUUACUAUUGGUACAAAAAGUAUGUUGCUUCAAUAUUUUAAGUUUUACUAUACUAUAACCAUACUAAAUUAUUUUUUCGACGCCGACAUAAUCAACAAUUUUAAAGAUAACAUUAACAAAAUAUUCAAAUGUAUAAAAUUUAGGUUACAAAAUUUAUUUUUACAACCCACUUUCAGAAACCGACAUAACCUGAUGUUAGCCUUCAUGGAUUACAUGUAA